AUGAGAAACAUUGAGGAACUCGAUCUUGACGAACUCAUCGGGUCUUUGCAAAACUAUGAGCUAUCACUGUCUAGGUGGAAGAAAACCAAGAAACAAAAGGAGGUGGUGAAAGAAAAGUCAGAUGCCAGCAUUGCACUUAUUCACCAAGAAAACAAGAAACCUGUUCUGGAAGAUUUGAAUGGCAUUACAGAUGAAACGGUUGCCUUGUUAACAAGAAACUAUGCAAAAUUCUUGAAAAAGAACUACAGGAAAAAUUCACCAGCUGACAAAGAAAAUCUUCUCAAGAGAAACAAAGGAGCUGAGUGCGCCAACACAAUAAAAAAGAAAAAGGCCCUUGCAGCAACUUGGAGUGAUAGUGAUGAGGAAAAGAACUCCACGGCCAGUGAAGGAUUAGAUGAGGAAAAGCAGGUACUGGCAUUCAUGGCCCAAAGCUGUAAUCCAGUUGAGUCUGAAGAUGAUGCAGUCUCCACCUCAUCAGAAGCAGACAGCACAGGUCGUCAACAUGCUUAUGAAGAAAUGUUUGCACAAUGGGAGUACAUGACUAAACAGAUCCGUGCCCUAAAGAACUCUCUAGAGCAAGUGGAGACUGAAAAAGGAAAGUUAGAAGACACUGUCAAAAAUCUCAACAGACUUCUUGAUGAAAAGGAGAAUGAGAUCUAUAAACUCACAGCUGAUCUAAUUCAAACCAAGCAAGCUUUACAGUUCAUUCCCCCAGGCACUGCUGCUAUCAAUCAAACCCUACAGCUUCAGAAGCCCUAUGGUGAUCGAACUUCCUUAGGAUAUAAGAUGCUAUAUAAACAAGGGAAUGACCUGUCUGUUGAGCAUUCUUUACCCUCCAAUGUCGAUUCAUCAAAGAAGGAAGAUGGGUUACCUGACACCUCAAUCACCAUUAACGAAUCUGACUCAUCUGAGAGGAGACAGGUUCCAACUGGACCCAUCAAACUCAAGUUUGAAGGAAGGAGGACUGAUGCUGACAAUCUUCUACAGAAUGACAAUUUCAUUCCUACAUGUCAUUUCUGUAAUAGGAGAGGCCACAUUCGUCCUAAGUGUUACAAAUUGCAGAACUACUUGAAAGCCAUGAUCAAUCGACCAAAUAGUUUCCCUCCACCAAAUAAGUCACAUGGAUGCAAACCUCGUCGAGAAUGGAAAAUAAAGUCCAAACCAAAUCCUGAUGUUGGUUUGGUUGCAAAGCUAUCCCUGUCUGCCUUUGUUGAAGGUCAGUGGUACUUCGACAGUGGAUGUUCGCGUCACAUGACUGGAAAUAAGAAAUUGCUAGUUAACUUCAAAGAUGAAAAAGGGGGAUCAGUCACUUUUGGGGAUGGUAACAAAGGGCAGAUUGCUGGGAGAGGUGAUGUGAAUGUGAAUGGAGCAGCUCAGCUGACUAAUGUCCUAUAUGUGAGAGGACUCAAAGCAAAUCUCAUCAGCAUCGGUCAAUUGUGUGACGACAAUCUCUCUGUAAGUUUCACUAAAACUCAAUGUUUAGUUUCAUCUGAUGGGUGUGUUGUCUUAACAGGAAACAGAACUGUAGACCAAUGCUAUGCUGUAUGCAAUACCAUAGUGUGCAACAGGUCCUUCUUGGACAAACCUGACUUAUGGCACUACAGGCUGGGACAUUUGAACUACAGAGAUCUCCAAAGAUUGGUGAAGCUUCAAGGUGUAAGGGGAAUUCCUAACAUGAAAGUUUCCAAGGAGAGAAAUGAAAGUAUCAGUGGGAAAAUAUAUGUAAUGGUCUUGGUGGAUGACUACUCUCGGUUUACCUGGGUUGAAUUUCUUAGAGACAAGUCUGACACAUUUGGAUCAUUCUCUGCCUUGAUACUGAGACUGCAAACUGAGAAAGACUCUAAAGUUGGAAAAGUCUUUAGACUGAGAAGUGACCAUGGAAAAGAGUUCAAAAAUUCCAUAUUCUCAGAGUUCUGUAAUGGCAUGGGAAUUCCUCAUGAGUUUUCAGCCCCAAAAACUCCUCACCAGAAUGGAGUUGUUGAGUGA